AUGGGGUUGCAUCAGGGAUCAUCACUCAACCCGUUUUUGUUUUCCCUGAUGAUGGAUUCUUUGUUGCGUCAAAUCCAAGAGAAGGUGCCUUGGUGCUUGUUAUUUGCGGAUGACAUAGUCCUGAUUGAUGAGACACAAGGUGGCGUUAAUGAAAGGCUGGAGGUCUGGAGACAUACUCUCGAGUCUAAGGGAUUCAAGUUGAGCAGGACCAAGACAGAAUACUUGGAGUGCAAGUUUAGUGGUGUUACCCAGGAGGCGGGCGGGGAUGUGAGACUCGAUACGCAAGUCAUUCCCAAGAGAGAGAGUUUCAAAUAUCUGGGAUCUAUAGUUCAGAUGAAUGGGGAGAUAGAUGAGGAUGUUACUCACUGUAUCGGAGCAGGAUGGACGCAGUUGAGGCUCGCUUCUGAUGUCUUAGUGUUGGCCAGUCAAAAAGUCACAUGUCCAGCAAAUGAAAGUAGCGGAAAUGAGGAUGUUGAGAUGGAUGUGCGAGCAUACUAG